UAGAGUGAAAUUUCUUUUAAAAAAAUGUGGAUCUGAGAGUACAAAACAUUAGGGUUUGAUGAAAUAUUCCGAAAAAGUAAUGAUAAGUUGCUGUGUCUUUGCAGUUCCAAUUCCACCUCUUUACUCUCUCUCUUUGUUCUAUUAGACAUAUUUUCCGGCUUUGAAAAAGAUAAAAGCAAGCAGCGAAUUUUCGAGAAGGGAGGAGAGCAAGAAUGGCGGACCAACUCACCGACGACCAGAUCUCUGAGUUCAAGGAGGCCUUCAGCUUGUUCGAUAAGGAUGGCGACGGUUGCAUCACUACCAAGGAGCUUGGGACUGUGAUGAGGUCACUGGGCCAGAACCCAACUGAAGCAGAACUCCAGGACAUGAUCAAUGAGGUUGACGCCGAUGGCAACGGCACCAUCGACUUCCCUGAGUUCCUAAACCUCAUGGCCAGGAAGAUGAAAGACACUGAUUCAGAGGAGGAGCUUAAGGAGGCAUUCCGGGUCUUUGAUAAGGAUCAGAAUGGGUUCAUCUCUGCUGCUGAGCUUCGACAUGUGAUGACCAAUCUUGGGGAGAAGCUCACUGAUGAAGAAGUGGAUGAGAUGAUCAGGGAGGCUGAUGUUGAUGGUGAUGGCCAGAUAAACUAUGAGGAGUUUGUCAAGGUGAUGAUGGCUAAGUGAUCAUUUUGCCUCCAUCAAAAAAUCUAAUGAAAAUAAUCUUUCUAUAACCCAAAAAAAAGAAAAGGAGGCAGGGUUGACAAGAUGAUGGGCGGCCUCCUGGUUUCCUUUAAUCUUGAUUUUCAUCUAUCUUUAGGGAGAGUAUAGUAGUAGUAUGUUCUUCUGUUGGUGGUGGAACUUUGUUCUUUGUCUAUCCUUACAGAUGGUCUUGUGACGGUGUCUUUGCAGUCUUAUUUAUUCCCCGUUUAUUUCCUUUGUGUUGGCUUGUGAACCUGAUCCACCUGGACGAUUCAAUGUUGAUUGAAUGACUUGUUAUA